AUGACGAUCUCUUCAGACUCUCGUCACACCAUCCUUUUCGGAGAUUUUUGUUUCGAUCUCACUGGUCAUGUGUCUCUCACCGUCUCCAAUGUCUCAAUCACCACCACCUCUACAACCCCAAUAAACUCCUCACGUAUAGGUUUCUUCUAUGGCGAGUUAUACGCCCUCCAAUAUUAUGGAUUUGUGGUACUUUUUCAAGAACGAAAAACAUGCAUUCUUGAGUCCCCCACCUUAAUACCAGGAGGUUUCGCACCCAUAGCCACAUUUGCAGAACUCUCACCUCCUCCCCAAUCUUCCAUUAGCAAAACCCUCCCCAUCCCUGCUUUUACUGUGAACAACGAAACCCGCCCCAUCCAUUCACCAGACCAUCUCGGUAUCUAUUUUUCCAAUUGUGAGCCAAAUACCUCUGUCUCAAUGAACGUUCACGUAGAAACCUAUAACAUAGACCGAAAUGGCAAGGACUAUCUUGAAGUCGGUAGAACUCAAUUGCCAAUGAUCUACUUCAUUUUUUCCGUCCUCUACUUGCCGUUUCUGGCCUUGUGGGCAUUAUCAUGCUACAAGAACAGGUCGUUUGUUCGCAAGAUACACAUUCUAAUGGCCAUAUUGGUCGUAAUGAAAUCGUUGAAUCUACUUUUCGAGGCAGAGGACAAACAGUACAUCAAGGUCAGUGGAACCCCUCAUGGAUGGGACUUAUGGUUUUAUUUGUUCCAUUUUCUUCGAGCUCUGCUAUUGGUAAUCGUAAUCAUGUUGAUUGGGACUGGUUGGAUGAUCUUAAAACCAACUUUACAUGCAACCGACAAGAAAAUCUUGGCUUUGGGCGUAACAAUUCAGGUUUUUGCUAGCAUAGCCCAUGUUUACACCAAUGAAACCGGCCCGUCCAAUAGCAACUACGUGUAUUUGACUCUUGGGUUAUUGCUGUUCGAUUUGGUGGGCUUUAUGAUAGUUUUCGUUCCAAUUGAGUCGUCCAUGAAAACACUCAAGGAAGCCGCGAAGACAAAUGGAACUGCUGCGCAGGAUCUGGGAACAAUGAGACUUUUGGGAUAUUUUAACAAAACUGUGUUUACGUUCUGGCAAGUGAAGUGGUUUGCGUGGAUUUGGGUCUCUAGGCUCAGUAUAUUCUUUGAUGAAGAUUGUUGUUUAGAGUGGUUGAUUGCUACGAUUGAAGAGACUGUUUCCCUUGGAUUUUACAUUGCAAUGUUUUAUCUGUUUCGGCCGAGGGAGCAGAAUGAGUAUUUUGUUGCUCUAGACGAAGAGACGGCUCUUGCUACGAUUCAAAGAGAGUUUGAUGAGAUUUCAGAUUCGGAUUAA